AUGCCUGUGGCCCUGGCUGUGGGCUGUGGCCUGUGGCUUGUGGUGAAGACGCACCUGCAGACCCAGAGUGCGACUAUCGGGGUGGGCCACCAGCACCGGCACGGCGGCCUGGCGGCGGCACUGCGCGCCAUCUACGGCCGACACGGCGCGCGCGGCCUGUGGCGCGGCAGCGUGUCGGGCCUGCCGCGCGUCAUGGUCGGCUCGGCCACCCAGCUCACCACCUUCUCCGCCUCCCGCGAGGCCAUCGAGCGAGCAAAGGUGCUGCCACCGGGGAGCUUCCUCUCCACGCUGGCGGCCAGCAUGCUGUGCGGCGCCGCUGUCGUCGUCAUGAUGACGCCCUUCGACGUCAUCGCCACGCGGCUCUACAACCAAGGCGUGGACAGCAGCGGCCGCGGUCUGCAGUACCGCGGAUACGUCGACUGCGUGCUCAAGAUCCUGCGCUCGGAGGGACCGCGCGGCUUCUACAAGGGCGUGACGGCCAACUGGCUGCGCGUCGGGCCCCAUUCGGUGCUCAACAUGAGCUUCUGGUCGUACCUGAGGGGCGUCCUGGGAGAGGCCCGUGCCGGGGAUGAGGGGACAGCAACCGACUAAUGCCGGGGAUGAGGGGCCGGCGGCGACUGACUAGUGUCGGGGAUGAGGAGUCGGCGGCUGCCGACUAGUGCCAUCAGCGUUGCCCGGGCCGGCCCCGAGAGAUUCAAGUGUGAAUUUUAUGGAGAUUAUCUGUUGCUGAACGGUACAGUUGGCCAGAUGAGGUGACGAAGUGCCGGUAGAAUUGGGCUACAGCUGCGGCCGACGCGGCGAUCAGAUGUUAGCCGCCUCUGAACUCAGCGCUCGGUCAGUGCGGAAAACGCCUUUUUCGCCGGCCAUACGUUGCUUGGUGGCAACGGAAUGUCUUCCAGGUCAGUAAGUGCCCAGUAGCGUUUAUAGUCAUGCAGUUUAGCAAGGCUUUUGUGGAUUAAGGUUGUGUUCGUACAAUCACCGCACAACUUCGGAGUCGCCCCGCGAAAAAAAAAAAACAGUUUUAGAAACGAUUAUCUUGUUUCGUGAUCAUUGCUGCCUCCUGGGUCACGUGUGUCAAUGGAUGAUGCAUUU